AGCCGGGCUGGCUCUAUGGUGCUCACUCUGCGAACCCCGCGGCCCCCGCCCCACCGCGGUCACACCAUCCGCCCGCCGGCCGCGGCGCUGCGUCAGCCGGACAAGAUGGAGACCGCCGAGGAAGACAUAUGUAGGGUGUGUCGGUCUGAAGGAACACCUGAGAAACCCCUCUAUCAUCCAUGCGUGUGUACUGGCAGUAUUAAAUUUAUUCAUCAAGAAUGCUUAGUUCAGUGGCUGAAACACAGCAGAAAAGAAUACUGUGAAUUAUGUAAGCACAGAUUUGCUUUCACACCAAUUUAUUCCCCAGAUAUGCCUUCACGGCUUCCAAUCCAAGACAUUUUUGCUGGACUGGUUACAAGUAUUGGCACAGCAAUACGAUACUGGUUUCACUAUACACUUGUGGCCUUUGCAUGGUUGGGAGUUGUACCUCUUACAGCAUGCCGUAUCUACAAGUGCUUGUUUACUGGCUCCGUGAGCUCACUAUUGACACUGCCGUUAGAUAUGCUGUCAACGGAAAAUUUAUUGGCAGACUGUUUACAGGGUUGUUUUGUGGUCACAUGCACACUCUGUGCAUUUAUCAGUCUAGUGUGGUUACGUGAACAGAUUGUCCAUGGAGGAGCACCACAGUGGUUGGAACAAAAUCAACAGCCACCAAAUGGUCUUGGCCAACAGAAUGAGGCUCAGGGGUUAGGAAAUGGUGGAGGUGAAAAUGCUGCACUUGAUCAACCUGCUAACCCACCUGCUGAGAAUGCAGUUGUCGGCGAAAACCCAGAAAUUCAGGAAGAACCGGGAGAUGAGGAAGAGGAAGACAAUGAAGAUGAAGAAGAUGCUGUAGUAGAAGAUGCAGCAGAUGCAAACAAUGGAGCCCAAGAUGACAUGAAUUGGAAUGCUUUGGAAUGGGAUCGAGCAGCAGAAGAGCUUACAUGGGAGAGAAUGCUUGGGCUUGACGGAUCUCUGGUUUUUUUAGAACAUGUCUUCUGGGUGGUGUCUUUAAACACACUGUUCAUACUUGUGUUUGCUUUUUGUCCUUACCACAUUGGUCACUUCUCUGUUGUUGGCCUGGGUUUUGAGGAAUAUGUUCAAGCAUCUCACUUUGAAGGCCUAAUCACAACAAUAGUUGGCUAUGUGCUGCUAGCAAUAAAUCUAAUUGUUUGUCAUGGUUUGGCAGCGCUUGUAAAAUUCCAGAGAUCACGUCGCUUAUUGGGAGUCUGCUAUAUUGUUGUUAAGGUUUCCUUAUUAGUGGUUGUAGAAAUUGGUGUGUUCCCCCUUAUCUGUGGCUGGUGGCUGGAUAUAUGCUCCUUGGAAAUGUUUGAUGCUACUUUGAAAGACAGAGAGUUGAGCUUUCAGUCUGCCCCUGGUACCACAAUGUUCCUACACUGGUUAGUGGGAAUGGUUUACGUCUUUUACUUUGCAUCUUUCAUUCUCUUACUGAGAGAGGUACUGAGACCUGGUGUACUGUGGUUUCUGAGGAAUUUGAAUGAUCCGGAUUUUAAUCCAGUUCAGGAAAUGAUUCACUUGCCAAUCUAUAGACAUCUCAGGAGGUUUAUUUUAUCAGUGAUCGUCUUUGGGUCAAUUGUCCUGCUCAUGCUUUGGCUUCCUAUACGUAUUAUUAAGUAUCUGUUGCCUAAUUUUCUUCCAUAUAAUGUCAUGCUCUACAGUGAUGCUCCAGUGAGUGAACUUUCUCUGGAGCUGCUUUUGCUUCAGGUGGUGCUGCCAGCUCUGCUUGAACAAGGACACACGAGACAGUGGUUGAAAGGUCUUGUACGAGCAUGGACUGUUACGGCUGGGUACUUGCUGGACCUCCAUUCUUACUUACUUGGAGACCAGGAAGAGAAUGAGAACAAUGCAAACCAGCAACCUAAUAACCAGCAUGCUCGCAAUAACAAUGCCAUUCCAGUUGUGGGAGAAGGUCUUCAUGCAGCCCAUCAAGCCAUACUUCAGCAAGGAGGACCUGUGGGUUUCCAGCCUUACCAUAGGCCUUUAAAAUUCCCACUCAGGAUAUUUCUGUUGAUUGUUUUCAUGUGUAUAACAUUACUGAUUGCCAGUCUUAUCUGCCUUACUUUACCAGGUGAAAGCAUUACAGAAAACAUUCAAAUAAUAAAAGAACCUUCAUGCAUACUAAAAAGCUUACCAGAGGUCACCUCAACUCCAACCUCUGACUCUGUAUUUGCUGGCCGUUGGUUAAUGUCAUUUUGGACGGGAGCAGCCAAAAUCCAUGAACUGUACACAGCUGCUUGUGGUCUUUAUGUCUGCUGGCUAACCAUUCGGGCGGUGACCGUUCUAGUCGCAUGGAUGCCGCAGGGUCGCAGAGUGAUUUUUCAGAAGGUUAAAGAGUGGUCCCUCAUGAUAAUGAAGACACUGAUAGUAGCUGUGCUACUAGCUGGUGUGGUUCCACUUCUGCUUGGUCUUCUGUUUGAACUGGUAAUUGUUGCUCCUUUGAGAGUUCCUUUGGAUCAGACACCUCUAUUCUACCCAUGGCAGGACUGGGCUCUUGGAGUUCUGCAUGCCAAAAUAAUUGCUGCCAUAACUCUGAUGGGCCCACAGUGGUGGUUGAAAACAGUUAUCGAACAGGUUUAUGCAAAUGGAAUUCGUAAUAUCGAUUUACAUUUUAUCAUUCGAAAACUGGCAACACCUGUAAUCUCUGUUCUGUUACUUUCCCUUUGUAUACCUUAUAUCAUAGCUUCUGGUGUUGUUCCUUUGUUAGGUGUUACUGCUGAAAUGCAAAAUUUAGUACAGCGCCGAAUUUAUCCUUUCCUACUCAUGGUGGUAGUUUUGAUGGGGAUCCUGUCCUUCCAGGUCCGCCAGUUCAAGCGCCUUUAUGAACAUAUUAAAAAUGACAAGUACCUUGUUGGACAACGACUUGUGAAUUACGAGCGAAAAUCUGGUAAACAAAGCACAUCACCACCACCACCACCUCAGUCUGCACAAGCAUAGAAUGGUCACAUCAAACACCUCAACCUUUUGUUUGCCUUUACAUGUCCUUUUUCACAGACGUCUCUUCAGUCUUUGGACAUACUUCCCUAUGAUCUUCUCAGCAGUGUUUCUAUUUGUCGCUUCUCUUGGUAGCAUUCAGAUAGCAGUUAAGGUUCUGUGUCUUUACCUGCAUAUUCUGAUGUUAUCCAUGCUGUCUGAGGUCUGUAAAUGUGUAAAUAGAAGUAUCCUGAUACCGAAAACCUUGGAUUAAAAAGAAUGUGCAUUGUACAUCUUUAAAAAAGUAUAUUAAUUUAUUAAAUCGAGUUGUCACUUUAUUUUGGACUGCUGUUCUGUUGACAAACAAUGUGCCACAAAUAAAUGGUGCAAAGGGGCAAGUCAUUUUUAUAAAAAUUGGAGCAUAUUUUAUGGUGUUCAUGACAGUUCUUAUUACAGUAAUAGUAAUAUGAUUUUCUUGGGCUGGAAGGCCACACUGGGAAUAUAAAAAGGAAAUGACCACCCUUCCAGUCAGCAGUGAAGUGGCUGUGGUAAGAACACAAUGAACUAUGUAGCUUACUGUCAGUCUUUUUUAUUGUUUUGUAUAACACCAAAGCAGUUGUACAUUUUCUAUUGCCUGAUUAUUUUUUUUUCAUGUGUCUGGGUUUGUAAUAUUGUACAGUUACUGGUAGGUUAGGAAAAAUAUUUCCUUAUUUAGACAGUACUUGUAGGGGCUCAGUGACAUUAAUUCUUUGGCACUGAAAAUCAGGAUUUCAUGAUUCUAAGCACCAAAUCAAAAUUCAAUAGCGCUAAAUGGUAGGAGCACUUAAACCUGCCAAUUGAGGGGUAUGUAAGAAGACUACAGUUCUAAUUCUCAGCCAAUAUUUCCCUGACAUAUCUAAAGCUCUGCAUUUUAAAUGAUUACAGUAAAUUUCCCUACUCAGAAGAAGCUUAGCUGACAUGUUUGCACAGGACCAUAGUGUAAGAAACAUGCUGUGAAAUGCUCUUUCACUGAACACCUUGAAAAACUGUUUUUUUUUCUUACAACCAAAGCUGCAAAUUAUACUAUAAAUGUUAUAUUAGAUCACAUACAAAUAAAAUAAACCUUUACCUUUUCAUUUGUAAGGGAGUAACACUAGAAACUUUCAGUGAACAUGUACAGAAUGUUACCUGUGGAAAACGAAAUCCACGUAGUAUUAAACAGAGUUAAAGAAAAAUGAACUAAUUCCUUUGCAAGGAUACAGCCAAACGAGAGCCACCAAAAUCAAGUUCAACAACUUCUGAUAUUUUUAUAUUUAGAUAGAAUUUUUUUCAGUGGUGAUAAUGAUUUUUUUACGUAGAUGUCUUUUAAAGAAAAAUACAGAACAAUAAUACAAAGCUUUAAGUAGAGUUAAAUCAUGUGCUUAGAUGCAGUUAUCCAUUUCCGGACUGUAUGAGGAAAAAAAUAUAUGGAGAUUUAUUGUGGUAAUCAGAAAACUAAAGGAACAUGCUUAAAUUACUACUCAGCAUUCUCCCUGAGCAUUGCAUAUUUAACCAUAUAUAUGUAAAAUAUAAUACGUUGGACAUACAAGAUGCUGCAUCUCUGCCUCUGAUUUGACAGUGAAGUUUGAGAGCUGUAUUGGUCCAGGAUUUUUUUAAACCGAAUUAAUAUCUUGGUAUCAGGAGCCUAGAUUCCUUGACAAUGUACACAUGCCAAAUGCAUCUGUGUUAAGCAGUAGGAGGAUUGGGCUAUCGCUACCAAGAGGUCAACAAUUGGUACUUUACAUUACUUUAUUCUAGUCAUUUUGAACUAUAUAUAAUAUGUGAGCACUUUGGAGUGAUUCUUAGAGAAUGUCCAGUAAAAUGAAGUAAUGGAAAAAUGGCCUAAACAUUUUCACUGUCCAUGUCAAUUUAAAGUUAAAUUGAGUAUUCACAUCCCAAAUAUUUUUGACAUGCAAAUGUUUUACAUUUGAAUAUAUAUAGUGGUGUACUUUCUGUAAGAUAAAUAUUUUUCAAAAAGAUGAAAUUUACUGGUAACGCUUUGAGUUCCACCAAGAUUUGAUCCGGGACGUAGUCUUUGGUAAACAAUUCCAAACAGUCUUACCACUCACAUAUUGCCAGCACUGCUGUGCUUCUUCAUGUAGCAUUUUCAAUAGUGCACUCUUGUAAUUUGUGUUUUUUAUCCAGAUAAACUGGUGUUCAAGAAAUAUUAAAGUUUAUUAAGAAAAA